CAGGACAACACGCAGGAAGGCUCCCCGACUACGCGUCAUCCGGUUCACGCGCGGUGUUUUGUGGCGUGGUGGGGUGAAGAGUGGGGUUACGGUGAAUUUGUGGUACCCAUACUAUUGCGAAGACAACGCAACUAUGAAGCCGCUUAUGCUCCACGGCCACGAGCGCUCUAUCACGCAAGUGAAGUAUAACCGCGAUGGAGAUCUCCUGUUUUCGUCGUCGAAGGAUAGCACCCCAAACGUAUGGUGGUCGAUAAAUGGAGAGCGCCUUGGUACGUUUGAUGGACACAAUGGAACAGUGUGGUGUAUUGACGUCAACUGGGACACCACAAAAUUUGUGUCAGGGGCCGCGGACAACACCAUUCGUUUGUGGGACUGUGAAACAGGCAAACAGCUGGGUUCGGUAGAGUGCAAAUCUGCUGUCCGAACAGCCGCAUUCAGUUACAGUAGCAACAUGAUCUGUUACUCUACAGACAAAGCUAUGAGAAAUCCAUGUGAGAUCUUUGUGGCAGACAGCCGUACAGUGGAUGGGUUCAAUUCUGCAGAGCCAGUCAUGAAGAUCCCAGUGGCCGUGGGCCCUAAAGUCACGUCCAUGCUCUGGGGACCUUUGGAUGAAUACAUCAUCACUGGGCAUGACACAGGUGAAGUUGUGCAGUGGGAACUGAAGACUGGCAUGAAAAUGACUAUGGCUCAUGAGCAUAGUGGUGCCAUCAAUGACAUGCAGCUGAAUCAGGAUGGCACCAUGUUCAUCACUGCAUCAAAGGACCACACAAGCAAACUCUUUGAUAUGGCCACGCUGGAACCCCUGAAGACCUUCAAGACAGAAAGACCUGUGAACAGUGCUGCCAUCAGCCCCAUCAGAGACCACAUUGUCCUGGGAGGUGGUCAGGAUGCUAUGGAUGUGACCACAACAUCAUCACGGCAGGGCAAGUUUGAAGCACGUUUCUACCACCUGAUCUUCGAAGAGGAGUUUGGCCGUGUGAAGGGUCACUUUGGACCCAUCAACUCCUUGGGAUUCCAUCCAGAUGGCAAGAGCUUUGUUUCUGGUGGAGAGGAUGGCUACAUUCGGGUGCAGGAGUUUGACCCAACAUACUUUGACUUUAGGUUUGAUUACUAGUGCUUCACACUAGGUUUUUUAUUAAUGGUGUAUAGAAGCAGCUUGUUUCUGAUCCAUGUUAUGCCCACCAAUUCCAUGCCCCCUUUCAGCUGGUUUUCAACCUGUGCCAUGGAUCAUUGCUACAAUUAAACUUUUAUGGUGAUUGCUAGAACUACAUAUUUCAAUCAUUGAAAUAUUUCACUGUGCUCUUUUGGUUGGGGCCAUGGCCAUGGAUCAUUUUGCUGUCAAGUGCAAAUACACCGAUGUUAAAAUGAA